GUUAUUCGACGAUAAUGAAGUUCCUGGUUGUUAUCGAUGCCCUGGUGACUAUAAUUGUGCUGUUCGCCAACAUGGCAGCUGCGAAGGAUUGUCUUUCGAAAACAGUCGGUCCUCCCUGUUUCGAAUUCGAUCCUGAAUUUUGUCAAAGAUCCUGCGUAACAAAUGAAGGUCGUACCGGUGGCCACUGCAGUCCCAGUAUGGAGUGCAUGUGCGAAGGAUGUUAAAGCUGCUUAAUUUUUAACGUGCUUACAUUCUUAAAUAUUUUCACAUGAUUUAUGUAUGUCUUUUUGUACUCCAAAACAAAUAAAAAAUAUGCAUCAUGAAACAAUCUA